CGGGGAAUCUAUAAAGUAUCUCAGAAUUCCCUCCAAAUCUCAACUUUUCCAUCAACAAUCGCAUCCUCGUAUCUCCAACCAACUCAACAAUCCAUCAACACUUCCCAAGUCUUUCACCAAAGAAAUAAAUAAACAACCUUCAACAUGCUUACCUCAUCCAUCACAUUCUUCGGUCUCGUCGCCGCCGCCUUCGCAGCCCCUUUCGACCUCGAGAGCCGCCAAGCAACACUCACUGGAUGCACUUCCACCCCUCAAUGUUGCGAUGUGGACGUCCUCGGCGUUGCGGAUUUGAACUGUGAAGUCCGUAAGUAAAAUCCGAUAUACCUCUGGAUGGAUUGAACUUGAACUGACAUCAUUAUAGCACCUGUUGUACCAACCAGUAUCCAGAACUUCAGUGAUAUCUGUGCCUCUGUUGGGAAGCAGAACAUGUGUUGCAUCCUUCCAAUCGUAAGUAACAUUCCCAUGAGGUUUUGACGUAUAUACUGACCUAGACUUCAAGUUGGACCAAGCACUUCUCUGCACAUCUCCAGACGGAAACUAAAUUCCUCCAUUUCCUGCGAAGUUUUCUCACUGCCGCUGAGAACUUCUUUGGGAAUUUGGGUGUAUACUCUUGGUUGUUUCUACACGACCAUGAAAGUGUAAUUUCUUUAGAUAAUGCUGUAUUUUUGGGAUUUUAUAGUUGGAAGUCUUGAAAGGGGUUGAUUUGAUUCAACACAUUGUACAUUAGUGUUCGCUAGGAGCUCUAGAGCCACCAUCAAAACAAUAAUUUGAC